AUGGGAGUCGAAUCUAUUGUCAUUUGUGUGGAUAACAGUGAGUGGAUGCGUAAUGGAGACUUUAUUCCCACAAGACUACAUGCUCAACAAGAUGCUGUCAAUGUAGUUGCUCGUUUCAAGACUAAAGAGAAUGUAGAGACAUCCAUUGGACUGUUAACAUUUAGCGACACUCAAGUUCGUGUACCUCUGACAACAGACUACAACAAAAUUGCUAAGAGCUUACAAACUGUUGAGCCCAAAGGUAGCAUUAAAUUCCUUACUGGUAUCAGAAUUGCUCAUCUUGUUCUGAAGCAUCGACUCAAUCGUAACCACAGGACAAGAAUUAUAGCAUUUGUUGCCAGUCCAAUCUCUGAAGAUAUGAAAGAGAUGGAGCGUUUAGCAAAGAGAUUGAAGAAAGAGAAGAUUCAUGUUGAUGUUGUUAGCUUUGGAGAAGAAGAGGAGAACAUUGAUAAACUCUCUCACUUUAUUGAAACUAUUAAUGGCACAGAACAGAAAGAAUGUCAUCUUGUUCAGGCUCGCCCUGGUCCUAUGCUUUCUGAUAUUCUUAUCAACUCACCCAUCAUGGUGGGCGAGGAUGGUAAACCGAUUGGAUCUGGUUUUGACUUCUCUAUGGAUCCAAUGGCAGCUGAUGAUCCUGAGCUAGCUAUGGCUCUCAGGGUUUCAUUAGAGGAACAACGCCAACGUCAAGAUGAGGAGACACGUCGUGUUCAACAAGAGUCUUUGGAACAGAUGCAAACAGGAGAAGGGAUGAAUCAAGCCAUGGAAACAGAGGAGACAGAGACAACUGAUGCUAGUACUCUUCCUGGUACUGCAGAGAGAGAAGAAGAGGAUGUAGAGAUGCAAGAAUUGAUGCAAAACAAGGAGUUUUUACAAUCUGUAUUGAGUUCAUUACCAGGUGUUAAUCCUGAGGAAGCUCUUCAGAAUUACAGGAGAUGA